AUGGGCGGGGGCGGCAAGCAGCUGCAGCUUCCUGAGCUGCAAUCGGCGGCACAGCAGACGCAGCGCUGCGAUGCCCGCAGUGCUGCUUCGGCGUCAAAGAAGCAGCCGCAGCCUCAGAGCGCCACGGGCGUGUGCAACCGCAAGGCGCUGCGCAUGGGAUGGAAAAAGCUCGACUUCGUGAUGCCCCUCGCGCGCCGACGCAACGUCGACGACGCGCUCGCGCAGCUGGCGGCGUGCCCCAAGAAGGCGGCCAUCGAGGUGCACAACGCAGUCGCCAACGCGCGCAACAAUGCGAUCGUGCAGGGCGCCGACCCCAAACGCCUGAUCGUGGAGCGCAUAUGGACGGGACGCGCGAAGCCGUUCAAGAAGUUGUGGUUCGCCGGGCGCGGAUACAGCAGCGUCCGCCAGCGGCGGCGCACCCACCUGACAGUGAUCGUGCAGGAGGCGCCGCGGCCGGAGGGGCGAAAGUACGAACCCGCCAAGCUGGUGAAGCGCGUGCGCUGCGAGGCUUCAGGCGUGAUGGUGCCUAAGGACAAGGCCAUCAAGCGCUUCGUGGUGCGGAACAUCGUGGACGCGAGCGCCAUUCGCGACAUCCAGGAGGCCUCCGUCUUCGAUGGCUACGUCCUGCCCAAGAUCUACCGCAAGGUCUACUACUGCGUCGGCGCCGCCAUCCACUCCAAGGUGGUGCGCGUGCGCAGCCGGAAGGACCGCCGCAACCGCGAGCCCCCGAAGAGGUUCAGGGGCCCUCGCGAGGGCGAGAAGCCCGGCGCCCCCAAGGCGUAA